AAGAAAAUCAUUCUUUCAUUGUGAAUUCUAUUUUAAAGGAAAUCAUUUCUUCAACGAUGGAAAUAAUUUACGACGUAUACCUUGAAAAAACUGUUUACUCAUUUGUUGUUCAUUGUUCUCAUAUAGCUUGGCUUCAAUUAUUUGAUGCAAUGGAUUUACAAUAUGAUUUAGGUGAGGAUCCUGCAUCAAUUAAAAAAUAUUGGAUGGGAGACAAAGAACAUAAACCAUCACCGAUCGAUUUGUUAUGUUUUAAAAAUGUCGAAAUACGUAAGAAAUGCGAAACAUGUUCAUACCCUGAAAACUGCCAGAAAUCAUAGAACUAAUAUACGUAAAUAGAAGAGAAAUUAACAA